GGAUACUGUCAGUAUAAAUAAAAGCAAAACAGAGCAGAGAGAUGGAGCUUCUUCUUCAAUACAAAGUCAGGCAAAAGUCAGAGAGAGAGACGUCGUCGCUAUUCUAGGCUCUCUUCCAUCCACGAUCAGACUUUUCUCUCUCUCUCUCUCUCAUUUUUUUCUCGGUCAGAGGAAUAGAAGAAGAAGAAGAUAAAAAGGGAUACAUGGCUGGAUGAUAAGAGCCUCAUCUCCGGAGGAGUUUCGGAGUUUUUUUGUUUUUUUUAAAAAGAUGGCAGUCUCUUUCCCUCGUCUUCCGAGGUGGUUGUGUGGUGGUAACUCUAAAGAGAGAGAUAAGAAAGACUCCAGAGGAUCCUCCUCCUCUUCACUCAAGAAGAAGAUUUAUAAUAAUAAUAAGACUGGAUCUUCUUAUUCUACGGUGAAGAAGAUUAAGAGAGGAUGGAUUGGAAGAGGAGGAUCAGGAGGAGAGGAGGAGAAGAUUGGGAACGUUGUCUACCCUCAACCUGAUGAUCCUGAGUGGUCUAUUGGCUGGGUCGAGCCGCAUGGACCAGGGUUUAAAUGUGAGGAUGAUACUGGUGGUGGGUUUGUGGUUCUUGUUCCUUGUUACAAGAAAUUAAUUGAUGGAUCAGGGAAUCAUAUUCCAAGCGGCGGCUUCUUCUCUCCUCCUGCUCCUGAUGGGAAGAAUAUGGAACAGUGGCUGUCGUCUAUGGGGAAGCUGUAAUAAACUGGAGGAUUGGCAAGAUCAAGACUGUUUCUCUCAUGUUAUUUUCAGUUUCAAAAUAAAGAAUCGAAUAAUUCAAAAAAAAAAAAAGAGGCAAUGAUUCGUGGAUAGCUUGUGGAGAAGUCUUGUGAUUUUCUGUUGCAAGUGAGUGACACCAAAACAUCAAGUCAUCUCUCAAGAAUCUACUAAUGGACAAAGGCGAUGCUGAUGGAGACUUGCCAACAUAAAAAGAUUGAAUGAAGAAUGAUGAAUUGGUAUGAUAUAAAAUAUGAUUUUGAGUAUUGGAUAUUUUUUAAUGUGGGCUGAUUCAAGUGAAAGCGUUUUCUGCUUCUGUGGUCGAGAUUAUUGGCCUUGGAAAUAAAUGUUUUUUCUGUGGUAUGUGUAAUAGUAGCGUAUAUGUACAUAAGGUUCUGUUUAAUUGUUUCUUUCUUCAAUCA